CAUGCCUCUGCUCAAUGACGGUGCCUGGAUCAGCUGUGAUCUGCGUCUCGGGCCGAUGACGUCACUUCCAGGGAGGCAUGCCCAGGCCUGUUGGACACGCCCCCGUCCCCUGACUCCACCCCCAUGUCAAAACAGCGCCACAAAGUGAGACGCGCAGAAACGUGAAGCGCAAAGGGAAAACAGUAUUGCAAACUCAAACUUGACUGAAACGCAAAAUAAAAGCUGCAUUGCAAAUAAAUUAGUAGAUAUGGCCAUGGAAAAUAUGUAUUGCAAAAUCAUUGCUUUUGCUCUGUUUUAUUUAUCUAUUUUGCAAUUCUUUAUUUUUAUUUGCAAAACUUAUUUUCUUUUUGCAAUACUUCAUUUUCUUUUGCAAUUCUUUAUUUUUCUUUGCAAAACUUAUUUUCUUUUGCAAAACUUUAUUUUCUUUUGCAUAUAUAUGCGGCAUUAAAUUGACUCCAUAGUUUCUUUCUUUCUUUGUUUUUGUCGUUCCGUCUUUCUUAUUCUACAAAGUUUAAGUGGGCGUUAUUACACAGGACACGUUCUUUCAAGAUGCACUUCUUGGUCUUUGCGCCGCGUCUCGCGGAGCGUUUUUUUUUUUUUUUUAUUAUUACACGCGUCAAGUAAAAAACAUUUCAAAUUCGUUUCCACUUGAAACAUUUCAAACGCCUCUUCAUAUCGUUGUUCUCCGUCCUGUUGUUUCUGAACCCAAUAACGGCGCGUUAGUUUGUGAAGUCCUCAUGCUAAAGUCCCCCGGGACUCUUUCAGUUCCCCUUUAGUUUACGUGCAACUGUAAACCCGCCUCAGAAAACCACCAGCAACUUCACUUCCACUUUACUCAACUAAUCACACUCUGUCUCUCUCCGUCUGUGAGCGUCUGAAGAGCUCUGAAUCCCGCAUCAUCCAGCAUGUCUCUCCCGCAACAGCUGCGCGAUGAAAGUGAUUUCGACCAGCUUCCACACAACAUCCCAGUCACUGCAACCAUUGCCGAUAUUGAGGAAAAGAAAGGUUUCAUUGUUUACUAUAGGUUCGUAAUUGAGGUGAAGACCAAAGGCAACAGUAAAUACCUGAUCUACAGAAGGUAUCGUCAGUUCUUCGCUCUGCACCAGAGUUUGGAGCUUAAGUACUCAGCUGAAGCCCAGCCGGGAUACUACACCUGCCAACUACCAACCCUGCCAGGUAAGGUGUUUAUGGGAAACAAAAAGGAGAUCGCAGAGAGCAGAAUCCCAGAGCUCAACAAUUACAUGAAGAGGUUGCUUUGUCUGCCUACCUGGGUACUCUUGGAUGAUUUGAUACGGAUGUUUUUCUACCAGACCGAGUUGGACAGCCAACAGGUCCCCCGGGCCCUGCGCCGCCUGCGGCCCCCCACACGCAGAGUAAAAACCGUAAAGCCCAAAACGGACAUUUUCUCCGCACCCAGAGCAGAGGCGGUGUUUGACUUCAGCGGCAGCGGACGCCUGGAGCUCAGUCUGAAGGCUGGAGAUGUGAUCUUCCUCCUGCGGAGAGUCAACGCAGACUGGCUGGAGGGCUCAGUGAGGGACAAAACUGGAAUCUUUCCUGAGUCGUUUGUGAACAUUAUUAAACCUCUUCCCGAGAGUGACUCUGACGAAGAGGGCGGAGCUUCCAAGAGCGUGAAACGUGCUCAGAGUUCAUACAGCUGUCUGCACUGCUAUCUGCUGCAGCCGGAGGGCAUCGACACAAGGGACAUUUGUGUUGAGGAAGAUCUCUCUAUUCAACCAUCUCACGAAGAUCUGCUUUCCCGAAUGAGGGACGUCUUUCAAGUGGAAGAUAUUGCUUUGAACUACAGGGACCCUGAGGGCGAUCUGAUACGGAUAUUAGACGAUGAAGACGUCACCCUCAUGGUGCAAGAGAGCAAACAGACAGGGUCAAAGGUCAAACGCCCCGUGAAUCAGUUUCCCUGGGAGCUGCUGGUCACGCAUGCCAAAGAUCUGACCGUCUACAACACCGAGUAUUGAAACAAGCGAACAAUGUCAUCUCCAAAUCAUUGCACAUUGAUUCUUAGUUUAUGUGGUUUUCAAAUUGAAAAUUAUUUUUGGUUACUAAAAGGGAUAGUUUACCCAAUAAUAUUUAACAAUUUUGUCAUAUUUACUCAUCCUUGAAUCGUUCCUGACUUUUGAAGCAGAAUCAGUUGAUCCAGUCUGAAUGAUUCAUUUAUGAAUCAGAAUGAUUCGGUUCUUUGUUCACUGAUUCACUGAUCUGGUAACAACAGUUCACAGAUCACUGGAAGGGAAGAUAAUCAGUGAAUAAUAUCAACUUCAAUGUCCAAAAAUUAUUAAAUGACUUCAGACCAGUGUUAUUAUUAAUAUACUAUUACAGUUUAUAUACAGUUCAUAGAGAUUUUAUUUUUCAUAUGAUCUGUUUUUACUUUUUUUGUAAAAUUGUGGUAAUUGUUUUGUGUGUUUUUCUUUUACUGUUUUGCUUUUUUAUAUGUCUAUAUAAAUUUAACAAAUUUUUAUCUAAUAGUUUAUUUAUUUAGCUUUAGUUGUUUUAGUAUUUCAAUUUAAACUAAACAAAAUAAGAAAUGUAGCCUUGACAACUAAAUAAAAAAAAGUGUUUUCUUGCAUUUUGCGUAUUAUUUGUUAUUUAUUUUAUUUUAUGUUUAGUUUAUUUAGUUUUAGUUGUUUUAGUUAAAUUAAACAAAUAUAAGAAAUGUAGCCCUGGCAACUAGCUGAAAUUAAAAAGAAAGUUUUAUUUUAUUUUUCAUUUAUAUUUUCAUUUUUUACCAUUUAUAUUAUUUCAAGUAACAAAACAUUUUUAUGGUUUUAAUUUUAAUUGUAAUUAGCUAUAAUAACCCUAUCUUAGAUUACUAUAUAAAGCAUGCAAGUAAUUUUUUCGCUGCUUUUGUGUCCUUUUUGAAGCUUUAAACCCUCAGUUUUUGUUUAUUGUUGUUGACCAGCAGAAGGUGGAUCUAAGGAUGAGUAAGUAAUGACAAAACUUUAAUUUCUGGGUGAUUAAUACUUUAACACAACCAGUAUUUCACAGUGGAAUCUGAAUAUAUUUUAUAAAUUGUCAGUGCUAAUAAAUGCUGAUUUUCUAAUGUAUUUUCAGCAGUAUUGGUCGUGUGACAUUUCACUUUUCUUGUUUGGUGAAGUUUGGUGAACUUCUUCUUUCAGUUCCUUUCACUGCC